AUCUCACUCCUCAUUUGAUCCAGUUUACACUUCCAGCAGGUCAGUCUCUGGUCCUCCCUUCCUCGCGUUUUUCUUCCAGGCUGCGAAAAGCCAGGCUUAGGGCUCGUUUGGUUGAAGAGCGAGCGGAAUCUCCUUCAAUUCAAGACCUCAAAUCAAAUCUCGAACUUCGAUCGAUUCGAUUCGGAGAGAAAAAUGUUGGUCUGAAGGAAGACCAGCGUUUAAUGCUUCUGGCUCUUUAUCUCUCCUUCUCUCUAUGGCCGAAUCUUCGUCUUACACCAGUCUCCCCACUAGCCACUUGCUUGGCUCAGUCCCUGCUGCUGUUAGUGAAGAAAAAAAGACGACUACCUAUGAGGUCCCUGAAGCAAAUUUGCAAAUAUUUCCUCCAAAUGAUGGAAACAGAGGACGUGGAUAUCAAACUCUUGAAAGUCCAAGCGAUGGAGCUGGGCAGCAGUCGACAAACAAUUGGAAGGGAGUGUUUAAUGUCUCAUCAUAUGCCCAAUAUUUUAAUGUGGACACAGAUAUUGUAUUAAACAGAAUCUCAAGUUCCUUCUAUCCCUUUGGUGGAGAUUUUUUCAAUAAGAUUGAUGCUAACCCGGAUCUAUAUGGGUUAAUCUGGAUAUCCACUACAUUGGUAUUUGUGAUUGCAUCCCUUGGAAACUGUGCCACAUACCUUACUCACAAACAGAGUGACAGCAGUACCUCUUGGAGCUUUGAUGUCAGUUAUUUAAGUUUGGCGGCAUGGUCUGUCUAUGGUUAUACAAUUGCAGUGCCAGUGGCAUUCUAUUUCUUGCUUCAGUAUUUGGGUUCAAAUGCUAGCCUUGUGCGCUUUUGGUGCAUGUGGGGAUACUCUCUCUCUCUCUUUGUCCUCAGUUCUUUUCUUUUGGUUAUCCCUGUCGAGUUUCUCCGUUGGGUCAUCAUCAUCCUCACUGGUGUGGCAUCGGCUUGCUUUGUUGCCGCCAACCUCAGGUCUUAUAUUGAGGGGAGUGAUCUUACUUUGAUUGUGAUUGCUUCAUUUGUCUUGCAAGUGGGUUUGGCACUAUUCAUCAAGGUUGAGUUCUUCCCAUAAGCCUUAAUUCAGAGCGGCUUUUGUUCAAAUUUUGAAGUCAAUCUGUAAUUCGGGUAUCUACUUUGUUCUCAGUUGGGAGGAAUACCUUCGGGAGCUAUUUUUCUGUGUGGCUUGAAAUUACUCUGCUGGGUUGUAUUGUGAUGCAGUGAAAGUUUGGGAUGUUGAAUUGAUGGAGAGGGGAUUGGAGUACCUUUAUUAGGGUGUAUGGUGGGGUGUUUUUUUUUUUUUUUCAAUUAAUGUUUACUGGUUUUAGUGAUCGGCUGUUUGAAGCUUUUUGAGAUACCAGUAUCCGGUAUGGGGAAGACGACCAAUUUUUCUGAGACUCGCCCCUGCAAUGUUUCUUAUUUUGUAUUUGGCUUUUGAUGUGUACUGUGUAAACUCAAAUGAAAAAUUACUUGUAGAGUUAUGUAGGGUUGGGUAGUGUGUGCCCAUGAUACUUC